GUUGUGCAGUGUUGAAGAGACACAGCUGUGAUUAUGACUGAGUAUAAUGGAGAGUCAUGGAAACAUCACGAGCUGAGAUCACGGAAUACAGCUACAGAGAUUCUGACUGGACGUAAAAACCAUACAGCUUUGUGAUUCCGCUGCAAUUGUGGGAAUAUUCUGGAUCAUUUACAAGGCAUAGAAGUCGCGGAAAUCUUUGUCAACCCGGACUAAACGAAGACAAGGGGGCCUGAAUUUAUUUAGACGUUGGUUGAAGUUAAGCUAGCUAAAAUAGCAAUAAGCUUCCCGUUAUAUAACGCUUUUCUUUUUUAUUAACUUCAAAGUUAUAAAGCAAUACAUUUUAUGUCUGACUGUGGCGUGACAGUAUUUUACUAAGUAUUAAUUUAGUUAUGAGCAGCAGUGAGAGCAGCUAAGCUAGCUGGCUAGCUCCAGAGAGGACUAGCUUCUUGUUGCUAAGUUAACCAGAGAGCCUCACUUAAAUGGGAGCAACCAUUCACACCUCAGGUUUGGUAGCUUUUUAGCAGACUACAGAACGUAUGUCAUCAAGUAUUAAAGCUAAAAAAUGUUCAAAGUGGCGCCAAGUUUUUUAUAAUAAUUCCACUAUAAGCAUGCUUUUGCUUUUUAUUUAGCUUUUUUUGGGGGUUUUACCUUUCAAACCAGCUAAAACCACUUGAGUUUAACUCUGGUUAUCUUUGCUUUUAAUCCUUAUUUGAAGUUGCUUAACUAAGACAAACUGGGCAAAUUUAGGUCACGCGUAUAUAUUGUUUUGGUUGUUUACAUGGGACUUUUCCCCCCGUGUGUUCUACCUUUCCUAAAAACGUCUUCUAUCUUUAACUCGUGCUGUAAAAAUGCCUUGCUUUCCAGAAGCUCGUUCUUGGCACCCGCUUUGUUUUUCAAGUAGGAGAUUCCCUUGAGACUGUGGUCCUUUUAAAAAAAGGGAAAAAAAAGUCUGAAAUACUCAUUUAAAGAGGCAAAACAAAUACUUAAGUGUUGGACCCACUUUCCACAAGUUCAUGGCAUAACAGACUUUGUUUUGAAUCAAGAAGGAUAACACAUAAGGGUGCAGGUGAAGCUACCCAUCCACGUUUCCAGCCGCUCAUCUUCAGCCUCUUGCAUUCAGAGGGGAGAUGGGCAGCCAAGGCAGCCCGGUGAAAAGCUAUGACUACCUGCUCAAGUUCCUCCUGGUGGGAGACAGCGACGUGGGCAAAGGAGAGAUCCUGGACAGCCUGCAGGAUGGAUCUGCAGAGUCUCCGUACGCUUACAGUAGCGGUAUCGAUUAUAAAACCACCACAAUCCUUUUGGAUGGGAGGAGAGUGAAGCUGGAGCUUUGGGACACCUCGGGUCAGGGGAGAUUCUGCACCAUCUUUCGCUCGUAUUCCCGCGGUGCUCAGGGGAUCCUGCUGGUUUAUGACAUCACCAACCGCUGGUCCUUUGACGGCAUCGACAGGUGGAUCAGGGAGAUCGACGAGCAUGCACCAGGUGUGCCUCGCAUCCUCGUAGGUAAUCGUCUACACCUGGCCUUCAAGAGGCAGGUACCCACCGAGCAGGCGAGGGCAUACGCUGAGAAGAAUGGCAUGACCUUCUUCGAAGUGAGCCCUCUGUGCAACUUCAACGUCAUCGAGUCCUUCACAGAGCUGUCGCGCAUCGUCCUCAUGAGGCACGGCAUGGAGAAGUUCUGGAGGCCCAACAGAGUCUUCAGCCUCCAGGACCUCUGUUGCAGAGCCAUCGUCUCAUGCACGCCUGUCCAUCUCAUCGACAAGCUCCCGCUUCCCGUUGCCAUCAAGUCCCACCUCAAGUCCUUCUCCAUGGCCAACGGCAUGAACGCCGUCAUGAUGCACGGACGCUCCUACUCGCUGGCCAACCCGGCCGGUGGCUCCAAAGGCAACAGCCUGAAGCGUCCCAAGUCCAUCCGUCCGCCACAGAGCCCGCCUCAGAACUGCACCCGCAGCAACUGUAAAAUCUCCUAACUGAGCUGGAACAUGGAGGGUGCGGACAUCCCACCCUCCUGAGAGAGUGCUAAAGACAAUAACGCACUUUCCAGGUGAGGGGGGUGGGACACAGAACAACUACGAGUCUUUGACUUGAUUUUCACUACAUCUGCUAUGGAAGCACAGACUCUUGGCUCCAGUGUUAUCUACCUGUACAGAAAUGUUUCACAGACUCAUAUUUACUUGCUCUACAUGAUGAAGCUCUGCUCUUCGCUUCAUGUUGCACAGGUGUCUUCUUUCUGUCCACGUCUCUUUCCUGUUUCAGUGACCAAUAAGCUACAAUCAGACACUAAUAACCUGUCAGCUCUUCAGUUAUUAUCAUAUAUUCACGGCUGGUUCAAAGUAUCACCUGCUUCCCUCCUAAAAACCUUAUGGGCACAACCUGGUCAACUCUCAGAUCCAGACUUGUUAUUGUGCCUUGAGUCCAGUACAGGAGUCUAAGAUUCAGGUAGCACCAAGCUCCAAAAACCCACAGAGGUUCAUCUUUAAUUAUCCUGCUGUUCGCAGGGGAGCCAGUGAUGCUUGUUGCUAUGGAUAUCGUGCAAAAAUAGACAGCCUAUUUUAAGGUCUUUUCAUCUUUAAUGAACUUUAUUUUUUAUUUAAACCCAGAAAACAACACUUGAACAAAGCUGUGUUGCUUAGCUAAAAGCAGACUCAAAGGGACUGUUUUCAGUGGCAGAGUAAUCAUUUGGAAUUUAGGCAGCAGGAUGAUGGUGUUAUGAUGGUGUUUGUGGCACUGAGGUGUAGAUUAGCAUUAGACUUCUCCUUUAAAUAGAUUCAUCCAUCUGUGUUUGGAUAAAUAAGUGAUGCGUCUUUGACUCUGGAGUUUCUGGUAGUUUGAAGAUGAGAUGAAAGACGACAGAUUCACAAAUUAGAUUCAUUCUCCCCCUCUUCCUCCUCCUCCUCUUUUCUUUUGUUCUCCCUGUCGACUGUCUGGGGACUCUUCAGAUUUCUCUGCUCACCUGUCAAAUGCAGGAGAAAGCUCUCUGGUAGUGAUCCUCCACCCAGAACCCGUCUGUGUGCUCAUCAGUAGGAUGGAUUAACUGUUUUAGGUAUUGUUGUAAAUCUCAUCAUUAACAUAGCUGCUAAUUAGGAGGAUGGAUGCCGUUACAGUUUUGUAAAGAAAAUGUUCUCUGAUAUGAUGAUUUGCUGUUUUUCUUUAAACUGAACCCCCUGUUUUCCACUGACAUCAUUAAUGGUGAAAAGUGAGCCAUAUUUAUCGUGUUUUAAUCCUCUCUGACUAUGUUGCCUUUUUUUCAUCAUCAGACCUACUUUCAUGCCGAUAGUUUUCCAGGUAAAUUUGUUAGAAACAUUAUAAACACUGACAGCUCUUGGUGGUUUAUGUAGGAUUUUCAGUUUUUCAACUGUUUCUACUGUUGGUGUAAAUUGUGAGGGUCACAACGUGAGCAGAACACAAAAGAAAAACACGAUGCAGCAGCAGGAAGUUGGAGUAUAAACAAAGUAAACCAUUCACAUGUAGACUAUGCUACAGGUUUAUUAGCUCUGCGGGCGCAACCAUCUUCACUUAAGAUUGGAUGUUUUGAAAAUAAGUUACAUCACUACAUACGAUCAUACGUACUCCAAAAGAAAUCUGAUAAUGAACUAGAAAAUAUAGACGGGCUUCUUUUAAAUAUCACAAUUCAAAAGUCCAUGUAGAUGCAUCAGAUCUGAUUAUUUAUUAUAUUUAUCUGAUUAUGAUGGUCAUGUAAAUCAGCUCAGUAUUGAAUUAACAUGUUGGAUUGGUUUGAAACAACAGGGUAAAUAACAUGGCACGUCCACAGCGGGGCUAUGGCAAUGACGGCAUAGGGAGAUGUAGAUGUCUCCAAGAAGUCACUGUUGUUAAAGAUAAAGUGUCGUUUAGAUGCAGAUCAGAUAACAAAUGUGUGAUUUUAAGACUACUUUUUAUUGGGUCUGCUGCAGGGGGUGGCACUGUUGGACCAAUUUGCUGCACCCCUGCACAUAUGGGACCCGAAAAAUAGUUUUUACAUUUUCUUGGGGGAUACACAGUGUUUCUUGACUUUAUGGGCAUUGUGUGGUUCCUAAAGUGGAGAUUUAUUAGAGAGGAGAUGAAAAAUAAUAGCGAACAACAUGUUCACACCAGCAUCGCUGGUCAGGAUUACUUUUAGUUUUUGUGUUUAAUUUAUUGUUAGAAUAUUUUUAUAUGAGCUGUUUAAUUGGAGCCAUGUCUGCAGAUGAUAAUAAAUUCUGAUCACAAAGACUUGAUUAGCCAUCAUUAAAACAAUCAGCAGCCAUAUUUCUCCCUCCGCUGCAUUUAGGGUCAGCAGGAAAAAUGGCCGUCUCUGGUAAAUGUAGUUCAGCAUCAGUGCCUUGCUUCGUGGGAUCAGGCUGAGCUGGCACUCGUGUAGAAACAAGUCCCAACACGUGAAUUCUUCCGAGUCGCUGAAUGCAGCACGUCGUCUCUUCUUCUCUCUGCCUCUGAUGUACCUCGCUGCCUCCGCAUGCCGUCCCAUGAUUCAUAGCUGCUGAAUAAUAGAUGCUCCUUUCAUGGAUCUCUGGAGGGCCUCCUCUACGUUCCUCCUCGCUGCUCUUUCAUCCUGCACUCUGCGAGCUUUAUUCCUCGUCAUUUGUGAGGAUUAGCGGCUGGUGUUCAGCUUCAUUCGUUUUUAAUUCUGUUUUCUUUGCCUCUUCAAGUGUUUGAUGGAAACUUCUGUCUGAUUCUGGUCCCGUUCAGCUCAGUCUGUUUCUUUCUUAGCUUCCAGACUUAAAGAUGUUUUGAUUUAGAAAAGCUUUCUGCUUCCCACUCCAAUCCAGAGUCAGAUUACUGCAGCAUUAAGAGACCAGACAAGUGCUUUUACUUGGUUCAGCCAAUUUACUAUUUCCUGUAAGUGUUCUGCUCUUUGGACUUCAGACAUCCACCUGCAGCCUUUUAUUGCUGAUUGCACCACUAGUUGUUUCAUUGAAAACUUUUAUGCAGAUUUAAUGAUUUUUAAUAGACAAGACCGUUAAAUUUGUCCAUGAAUUUGGUUAAAAAUUAUAUUUUAUACAGCUUUACUAUGAUUUAGAGAUUAGAGCUGCAAAUUUCCAUUAUGUAGACGACUUUAGAAACAUAAAACACUAAUUUAACACUUAAAGCUUUUUAAAAACUUAAUCUGGAUUUUUCUAUUUAGUAUGAGUAUAUUUUUCAAAAUGUUCUUUAAACCAACAAAGUUCCCAAAACCACCAGAGAUUUCAGACCCUGGAUUUCAGAGCUGGAAAAUGGUUUGAACUCUGUUAGUAUUUAUAGAUGUGCCAACUAGACUCCAGAUGUCUGAGUUUCAUACAGGAUCAACUACAUUCUGGUUUGUGUUUACAUUUAAACCAGAUCAGAUUAAGUUGUGGUUGGAUCCACUGGGACCUGGUCUGGAGUCAGUUUCUGUCCAAACUCUGGAACUUCAGAGCCGCCAACUGUUCUGGUCCAGGAGUAAAACGGAGACCAAGCAGAUGAACUGAUGCUCUGCAAGCGUCAUGUUUGAAGUCAACGUCUCCCCAGUUGUUUUUUUGCUGGGUAACAUGACCCAGAAUUACUUAUUAAAGUAUUUUUCAAAAUAUUAUACAUUUACUUCAAUUUUCUAAUUGAUGGUAUACACCCAUGCACGACUGAGUAUUAACCCCUUAACACCUACAUUUAUUCACAAUUGUAUGAAAACUGAAUAAACACAGGAAAAAUAAGUAAAAAAUAUCUCAAAUAAAAUAUACACUGCCUGCCCUGCUGCAGGUUUAGUGGUGCAGCAGUUACCCCCCUCCCCACCAGAAAACAGCUUCCCAACGUUGUUUCAGCUGUUUUAAACCGGUGUUUGUGAUCCAGUCUACCGCCCAGGAAUUAAACUUGUGGUGGAAAAGCAAAAAAGGUUCUUAGAAGAUUCUGAAGUUGUUCAGAAAAGUAUAAAUAUAUUCCCUCCUUUAUCUGAGCAGCAUCCAUCACUGGCUCCCGUUUUUAUUAAAUAUGAGCAGGAAGCAGGUAAACGAGGUUGUCGGUCCAUCCACCCACCUGAUGCCAUCAUGACUUCUAACAUGUUCACAGAGGAUCCACCCUGAUGAUUCUGCUGUAGCUCCACCGUUACGCUCCAGAUUUAUUCUGUGAAAUAUGUCAUAAAAAAGUACUUUAAUUUUCUCCACAGGAUGAAUCCUCUUCACUUCAAAAGAGUGAAAAUCUGCACAAAAACUAAUCUGUUCCAGAUGUAGACACACAAACCCAAACAGAGAAGAUGUUAUUUUAAAGAAGAAGGUUGAAAGUGUUUCUUCUCUUGAAGGAAGAAGAAGCGACUCCCGGGUUACCACGAUUAAUUUUCACCUCUUUGUCUCCAUGGUAAUGAGCAUGAUGAGACCUUCUAGGUUUAAAGCAGUGAAACACUUCCUCCUUGUUUUGCCUUUCCUUUCUCUCACCUGAACUUUUUUUUUUUGUUUUUGUUUUUUUAUUAAAUAUUUGCAAAGGAUUGUGGGAUGUUUGGCCUCAGGAUGCCUUCAGGGCUUCCCUCUGAUAACGCUCCCUGUAUUUAAACCUGUAAAACACUAUUCCUGUUUUCUGAUUUUGGCUGAAGCUGCUGAGUAACCUGAAAUGUGUGUGAGAGUGUGUGUGAUGAUGUUCUUCAAACACCAAGCUCUACAUUGUUUUCUUUUCUAAAUUAUUGAUUGUACAGUUCAAGGCGAUGUGUAUGAAGAAACUUUUUCACAAUUAAAAUGAAUGUUGAAGUCAA